GUGCGUGGCCGGCAGCGGGCGUUGCAGGUCCUGGCAGCCCAGAAAUGAAAGCAGCGGCGGCGGCCGCCUCUCAGGGCUCCGAUCGGCACCCAGCAAAUAAGAAGCCCGUCCUGGACCCGGAGGAGGAGGAGCGGCCGAGCAUCUCUCUGCUGCUCCUCCGCGUCCUUUAAAUGAGGACUCCCUGCCGGCGCCGGAGGUAGAUCUGCAGAGCCUUCCUCUCGCUGCUGACCCCGCUUACAUCACUAACCUGUGACAGGCACAUCCCCACGCCCGGUACCUGCUCCUCCAGCGGCUCCCAGUCCAGUCUGAGCCGCCUCUUUGUAUGCCGCCGACAUGGCCAGCCAGCAGGAUUCCGGCUUCUUUGAGAUCAGUAUCAAAUAUUUACUGAAAUCCUGGAGUAAUACUUCUCCAGUUGGCAACGGUUAUAUCAAGCCUCCAGUUCCACCUGUUUCUGGCACGCAAAAGGAGAAAGGGCCCCCCACCAUGUUACCCAUCAGCGUGGACCCCGACAGCAAACCAGGAGAGUAUGUCCUUAAGAGUUUAUUUGUCAACUUCACCACUCAGGCUGAGCGCAAGAUUCGCAUCAUUAUGGCAGAACCCCUGGAAAAACCAUUGACAAAAUCUCUACAACGUGGAGAAGACCCCCAGUUUGAUCAAGUCAUCAGUUCAAUGAGCUCCCUUUCUGAGUACUGCCUGCCUUCCAUUCUGCGGACCUUAUUUGACUGGUACAAAAGGCAAAACGGCAUUGAGGAUGAAUCCCAUGAAUACCGACCAAGAACAAGCAACAAAACCAAAAGUGAUGAACAGCAGCGGGAUUAUUUAAUGGAAAGACGCGACCUUGCCAUUGAUUUCAUUUUUUCUUUAGUAUUAAUAGAAGUUUUGAAACAGAUUCCACUUCAUCCUGUAAUAGACAGUUUAAUACAUGAUGUUAUCAACUUGGCUUUCAAGCACUUUAAAUACAAAGAAGGGUACCUUGGUCCUAACACUGGCAAUAUGCACAUUGUCGCCGACCUGUAUGCAGAAGUCAUCGGAGUGUUGGCACAAGCUAAAUUUCCUGCUGUCAAGAAGAAAUUUAUGGCAGAGCUCAAAGAAUUGCGGCACAAAGAGCAGAGCCCAUAUGUUGUUCAAAGCAUCAUCAGCUUGAUAAUGGGGAUGAAAUUCUUCCGAAUUAAGAUGUAUCCGGUGGAGGAUUUUGAAGCCUCUCUUCAGUUUAUGCAGGAGUGCGCGCAUUACUUCCUCGAGGUCAAAGACAAAGACAUCAAGCAUGCCUUGGCUGGGCUUUUUGUUGAAAUUCUUGUCCCAGUUGCUGCUGCUGUUAAAAAUGAAGUAAAUGUUCCCUGCCUCAGAAACUUUGUCGAAAGCCUUUACGAUACCACGCUGGAACUCUCUUCUCGAAAGAAGCAUUCCUUGGCCUUGUACCCCCUGGUGACCUGUCUGCUCUGCGUCAGCCAGAAGCAGCUGUUCCUGAACAGGUGGCACGUUUUCCUCAACAACUGCUUAUCCAACCUUAAAAAUAAAGACCCCAAGAUGGCGCGAGUGGCACUGGAGUCUCUGUACAGAUUACUUUGGGUUUACAUGAUUCGAAUUAAAUGUGAAAGCAACACGGCGACUCAGAGCCGUCUUAUAACCAUCAUCACAACACUUUUCCCCAAAGGGUCCCGUGGUGUGGUGCCAAGGGAUAUGCCCCUGAACAUCUUCGUGAAAAUCAUCCAGUUCAUCGCCCAGGAGCGUUUAGAUUUUGCAAUGAAAGAAAUCAUUUUUGAUUUUCUUUGUGUGGGAAAACCAGCCAAAGCUUUCAGUCUCAAUCCGGAGAGAAUGAACAUUGGUUUACGGGCCUUCCUGGUCAUAGCGGACAGCUUGCAGCAGAAGGAUGGCGAGCCUCCGAUGCCAGUCACGGGAGCUGUUCUCCCUUCAGGAAACACACUGAGAGUGAAGAAAACCUACCUGAGUAAAACACUGACGGAAGAGGAAGCCAAAAUGAUAGGCAUGUCAUUAUAUUACUCUCAAGUACGAAAAGCUGUGGACAACAUUUUGAGGCACCUUGAUAAAGAAGUGGGAAGGUGUAUGAUGCUAACGAAUGUCCAGAUGUUAAACAAAGAACCCGAGGACAUGAUCACGGGUGAGAGAAAGCCGAAAAUAGAUCUUUUCAGGACCUGCGUUGCUGCUAUUCCUCGUCUGCUUCCCGAUGGGAUGUCGAAACUUGAACUUAUUGACUUGCUGGCAAGGCUCUCGAUUCACAUGGACGAUGAACUGCGACAUAUUGCACAGAACUCUCUUCAGGGUCUGCUGGUGGACUUCUCGGACUGGCGGGAAGAUGUCCUGUUUGGCUUUACCAACUUCCUGCUCCGGGAAGUAAAUGACAUGCACCACACACUCCUCGAUUCAUCCCUCAAGUUACUGCUCCAGCUGCUCACCCAGUGGAAACUGGUCAUACAAACUCAAGGCAAAGUUUACGAGCAAGCCAACAAAAUCAGAAAUUCGGAGCUAAUCGCCAAUGGCUCCAGCCACCGAGUCCAGUCGGAGCGAGGGCCGCAUUGCAGUGUGCUCCAUGCCGUGGAAGGUUUUGCUCUGGUUUUGCUCUGCAGUUUCCAGGUGGCCACACGCAAACUGUCUGUUUUAAUACUCAAGGAAAUUCGAGCUUUAUUUGUUGCCCUGGGUCAGCCUGAGGACGACGACAGGCCUAUGAUCGAUGUCAUGGAUCAGCUGAGUUCUUCCAUCCUCGAAAGUUUUAUUCACGUCGCAGUUUCAGAUUCAGCCACCUUACCGCUGACGCACAGCGUGGACCUGCAGUGGCUGGUGGAGUGGAGCGCAGUGCUGGUCAACAGCCAUUACGACGUGAAGAGCCCUUCCCACGUCUGGAUUUUCGCGCAGUCUGUCAAAGACCCCUGGGUGCUCUGCCUCUUCAGCUUCCUGCGACAGGAGAACCUGCCCAAGCACUGCCCCACCGCCCUGAGCUACGCCUGGCCCUACGCCUUUACCCGGCUGCAGUCGGUGAUGCCUCUGGUGGACCCAAAUAGCCCAAUUAAUGCCAAGAAAACCAGCACUGCCGGCAGCGGAGAUAACUACGUUACCUUGUGGAGAAAUUACCUUAUUCUUUGUUUCGGAGUUGCCAAGCCCAGUAUCAUGAGCCCAGGACACUUGCGAGCUUCCACUCCAGAAAUAAUGGCCACUACGCCCGAUGGUACCGUGAGCUACGAUAACAAGGCCAUAGGCACCCCAUCGGUGGGAGUUCUCUUAAAGCAGUUGGUGCCUUUGAUGAGACUAGAGGGCAUUGAGAUCACAGAGUCCUUAGUUUUAGGAUUUGGAAGAACAAAUUCCCUUGUUUUCAGAGAAUUGGUAGAAGAACUUCAUCCAUUAAUGAAAGAGGUUCUGGAACGAAGACCAGAGAACAAAAAGCGCCGAGAACGGAGAGAUUUGUUAAGGCUCCAGCUACUUCGAAUUUUUGAACUUCUGGCUGAUGCUGGUGUCAUAAGUGACAGCACCAAUGGAGCCCUAGAACGGGAUACUUUAGCCCUUGGAGCUUUGUUCUUGGAAUACGUGGACCUGACCCGCAUGCUUCUAGAGGCUGAAAAUGAUAAAGAAGUGGAAAUUCUUAAAGAUAUCCGGGCACAUUUUAGUGCCAUGGUUGCCAACCUGAUUCAGCGCGUUCCAGUUCACCACCGGAGAUUUCUCUUCCCCCAGCAAAGCCUGAGGCACCAUCUUUUCAUCUUAUUUAGCCAGUGGGCAGGGCCCUUCAGCAUCAUGUUCACUCCUCUGGAUCGUUAUAGUGACAGAAAUCAUCAGAUUACAAGAUACCAGUAUUGUGCAUUAAAGGCGAUGUCAGCAGUAUUGUGCUGUGGCCCAGUGUUUGACAACGUGGGCCUUUCUCCAGAUGGCUACCUGUAUAAGUGGCUUGACAACAUUCUGGCUUGUCAAGAUUUGCGAGUGCAUCAACUUGGCUGUGAAGUUGUUGUCUUGCUCUUGGAACUAAACCCUGACCAAAUUAAUCUUUUCAAUUGGGCAAUUGACCGAUGCUACACCGGUUCCUACCAACUCGCAUCUGGCUGCUUCAAAGCCAUAGCAACUGUGUGUGGAAGCAGGAACUAUCCCUUCGACAUAGUGACAUUGUUAAACCUUGUUCUAUUCAAGGCCUCUGACACCAACAGAGAGAUUUAUGAAAUCUCCAUGCAGCUCAUGCAGAUCCUUGAAGCCAAACUUUUUGUAUACUCAAAGAAAGUCGCUGAACAAAGACCUGGCAGCAUUCUCUAUGGAACGCACGGCCCAUUGCCACCCCUCUACAGUGUGUCACUAGCCCUCUUGUCAUGCGAACUGGCCAGGAUGUACCAGCUCACACUCCCACUCUUCUCAGAGGUAAGCCAGCGGUUUCCCACGACGCACCCCAAUGGGCGCCAGAUCAUGCUCACCUACCUGCUGCCCUGGCUGCACAACAUCGAGCUGGUGGACAGCAGGCUGCUCCUCCCAGGGUCGAGCCCCAGCAGCCCUGAGGACGACGUCAAGGACCGGGACGGAGAACCGACAGCCUCUCACGGGCUGAAGGGCAGUGGCUGGGGGUCCCCGGAGGCGACAUCCCUCGUGCUGAAUAACCUCAUGUACAUGACGGCCAAGUAUGGAGAUGAAGUUCCUGGCCCGGAAAUGGAAAACGCCUGGAAUGCUUUAGCCAACAACGAGAAAUGGAGCAACAACCUGAGGGUCACCUUGCAGUUCCUGAUCAGCCUGUGCGGGGUUAGCAGCGACACGCUUCUCCUGCCCUAUAUUAAAAAGGUGGCCAUGUACCUGUGCCGUAACAACACCAUCCAGACCAUGGAGGAGCUGCUCUUCGAGCUUCAGCAGACGGAGCCGGUGAACCCCAUCGUCCAGCACUGUGACAACCCGCCCUUCUACCGCUUCGCCGCCAGCAGCAAGGCUUCCGCCGCAGCCUCCGGGACAACCUCCAGCAGCAACACAGUGGUUGCCGGCCAGGACAGUUUCCCAGAUGCUGAGGAGAACAAGAUAUUGAAAGAAUCUGAUGAGAGGUUUAGUAACGUCAUCAGAGCCCACACCCGUCUGGAGUCGAGAUACAGCAAUAGCUCUGGAGGGUCAUACGAUGAGGAUAAAAAUGACCCAAUUUCUCCCUACACGGGCUGGCUGCUGACCAUCACAGAGACCAAGCAGCCGCAGCCGCUACCCAUGCCUUGUACUGGAGGAUGCUGGGCGCCCCUGGUUGACUACCUCCCCGAGACCAUCACGCCCCGGGGGCCACUCCACAGGUGCAACAUUGCAGUGAUUUUUAUGACCGAGAUGGUGGUGGAUCACAGCGUAAGAGAGGACUGGGCGCUUCAUCUACCGUUACUUCUCCACGCUGUCUUCUUAGGUUUGGACCAUUACCGGCCUGAGGUCUUUGAACACAGCAAAAAAUUGCUUCUUCACCUCUUGAUUGCCCUCUCUUGCAACAGCAACUUCCAGGCCAUUGCUUCUGUGCUCCUGCAGACUCGAGAGAUGGGUGCAGCUAAGACUCUAACGGUUCAGCCAGCGUAUCAACCUGAGUAUCUCUACACAGGUGGCUUUGACUUCCUGAGAGAGGACCAGUCAUCACCAGUGCCAGACUCGGGGCUGAGCUCCAGCUCCACCUCCUCCAGCAUCAGUCUGGGAGGCAGCAGUGGGAACCUCCCGCAAAUGACGCAAGAGGUAGAGGAUGUGGACGCAGCUGCUGAAACAGACGAGAAGGCAAACAAGCUCAUUGAGUUUCUGACCACCAGGGCGUUUGGUCCACUUUGGUGCCAUGAGGACAUCACUCCCAAAAAUCAGAAUUCAAAGAGCGCCGAACAGCUCACUAAUUUCCUACGUCAUGUUGUAUCCGUGUUUAAAGACUCCAAAUCAGGUUUCCACCUGGAGCAGCACCUGAGUGAGGUGGCGCUGCAGACGGCGCUCGCCAGCUCUUCCCGGCACUACGCCGGCCGGUCCUUCCAGAUAUUCCGCGCCCUCAAACAGCCCCUGUCCGCACACGCCCUGUCGGACCUCCUGUCCAGGCUGGUGGAGGUGAUCGGCGAACACGGCGACGAGAUCCAGGGCUAUGUGAUGGAAGCCCUCCUCACCUUGGAAGCUGCGGUGGAUAACCUGUCUGACUGCUUGAAGAACAGCGAUCUCUUAACUGUGUUAUCUCGCUCUUCAUCACCAGAUUUAAGCUCGAGCACUAAACUAACAGCGAGCAGAAAGAGCACAGGACAGCUUAAUGUGAACCCCGGGACAGCCAGCGGCAACACAGCAACUGCAGAGCGGAGCCGGCAUCAAAGGAGCUUCUCUGUGCCCAAGAAGUUUGGUGUCAUUGACCGAUCCUCAGACCCUCCUCGGAGUGCCACCCUGGACAGAAUUCAGGCCUGUACCCAGCAAGGCCUCUCCUCGAAAACCAGAAGCUCAUCCUCCUUGAAGGACAGCCUCACGGACCCAUCACACAUAAGCCACCCAACCAACCUGUUGGCCACUAUCUUCUGGGUCACUGUGGCCUUGAUGGAGUCUGAUUUUGAAUUUGAAUACCUAAUGGCCUUAAGGCUCUUGAACAGACUGCUGGCUCACAUGCCACUCGAUAAAGCUGAGAACCGAGAAAAACUCGAGAAACUCCAGGCGCAGCUCAAGUGGGCGGACUUCUCGGGGCUGCAGCAGCUGCUGCUGAAGGGCUUCACCUCCCUCACCACCACUGACCUGACCCUGCAGCUUUUCAGUUUGCUGACACCAGUGUCCAAAGUAUCCAUGGUGGAUUCAUCCCAAGCCAUCGGGUUUCCACUGAAUGUCUUGUGUCUUCUGCCCCAGCUGAUACAGCAUUUUGAAAACCCCAAUCAGUUCUGUAAGGACGUAGCCGAAAGGAUUGCUCAGGUUUGUUUGGAGGAGAAGAACCCCAAACUUUCCAAUCUCGCCCACGUCAUGACUCUCUACAAAACGCACAGCUACACGAGGGACUGUGCCACGUGGGUGAACGUGGUCUGCCGGUACCUGCAUGAAGCCUAUGCCGACAUCACCUUGAAUAUGGUUACCUACUUGGCAGAGCUGCUGGAGAAGGGCCUCCCGAGCAUGCAGCAGCCCCUCCUGCAGGUCAUCUACAGUCUGCUCAGCUACGUGGACCUUUCCGGCGUUCCUGUCAAGCAGUUCAACGUGGAAGUUCUGAAGACCAUUGAAAAAUAUGUGCAAAGUGUUCACUGGAGGGAAGCUCUGAAUAUCCUGAAGCUGGUGGUGUCUCGAUCUGCCAGCCUGGUUUUGCCUUCCUACCAACACAGUGACCUUUCAAAGAUGGAAAUACACCGAGUGUGGACGAGUGCUUCCAAGGAAUUACCUGGGAAAACUCUGGACUUUCACUUUGAUAUUUCAGAGACGCCCAUCAUCGGAAGGCGAUACGAUGAACUGCAGAGCUCCGCUGGCCGCGACGGGAAGCCCAGGGCCAUGGCCGUCACCCGGAGCACGUCCUCCACCUCGUCGGGCUCCAACUCCAACGUCCUCGUUCCUGUGAGCUGGAAAAGGCCGCAGUAUUCUCAGAAGAGGACGAAAGAGAAGUUGGUUCAUGUCCUUUCUCUGUGUGGCCAAGAAGUAGGACUAAGCAAAAAUCCAUCCGUGAUUUUCUCGUCGUGCGGGGACCUGGACCUGCUGGAGCACCAGACGAGCCUGGUGUCGUCGGAGGACGGUGCCCGGGAGCAGGAGAACAUGGAUGACACCAACAGCGAGCAGCAGUUCCGGGUCUUCCGAGACUUCGACUUCCUAGACGUGGAGCUGGAGGACGGAGAGGGCGAGAGCAUGGACAAUUUCAACUGGGGAGUACGCAGGCGGUCUCUGGAUAGUCUGGACAAGUGUGAUAUGCAGCUUCUGGAGGAGCGCCAGCUCUCAGGAAGUUCUCCCAGCCUCAAUAAAAUGAACCAGGAAGAUUCCGACGAGUCCUCGGAAGAGGAGGACCUCACGGCCAGCCAGAUCCUGGAGCAGUCUGACCUCAUCAUGAAUCUCUCCCCGUCUGAGGAGACGAAUCCCGUGGACUCGCUCACCGCAGCCUGUGACAUGACCCCUGCCGACUCUCAUUCCUUUAACACCAGAAUGGCCAGCUUUGAUGCUUCUCUGCCCGAGAUGAAUAAUCUGCAGAUUUCUGAGGGUUCAAAGGCCGACGCUGUGCAGGAGGAGGAGGACACCACGGUGCAUGAGGACGACCUUUCCAGCUCCAUCAAUGAACUCCCGGCCACUUUCGAAUGCAGCGAUAGCUUUAGCCUGGAUAUGACCGAGGCAGAAGAAAAAGGCGGUCGUGCGCUGGACCAGUUUACUCUCGCAAGCUUUGGAGAAGGCGAGAGGGGCGUCUCUCCCCCUCCCUCGCUUUUCUCGGCCAUCCUGGCCGCCUUUCAGCCCACGGCCUGCGACGACGCCGAGGAGGCCUGGCGCAGCCACAUCAACCAGCUCAUGUGCGACUCGGACGGCUCCUGCGCCGUCUACACCUUCCACCCUUUCCAACAAGUAAUCAUGUUGCUUUCAGAAUAUCAGAAAAGGUUCUGCUUCCUAACGUGUGAUGCGGCCAGUUACCUGGGAGAUAACCUCCGGGGCAUCGGCUCCAAGUUGUCAGCCUUCCAGAUGCUCACCUCCUGCUCCGAGUGCCCGCUUUUCGUGGACGCCGAGACGCUCCUUUCUUGCGGACUUUUGGAUAAGCUCAAGUUCAGUGUUUUGGAACUGCAAGAAUAUCUGGAUACCUACAACAACAGAAAAGAGGCCACUCUCUCAUGGCUUGCGAACUGCAAGGCAACAUUCGCAGGAGGUUCAAGAGAUGGAGUAAUUACCUGCCAACCAGGGGACUCCGAAGAAAAGCAACUGGAACUGUGUCAGAGGUUGUACAAGCUACACUUCCAGCUGCUGCUGCUUUUUCAGUCCUACUGUAAGCUCAUCGGCCAGGUGCACGAAGUCAGCUCCACGCCCGAGCUGCUAAACAUGUCCAGGGAACUGAGUGACCUAAAGAAGAGCCUGAAGGAGGCCACCGCGGCCAUCGCGGCGGAGCCCCUGUACGCCGAGGGGGCCUGGGCCGAACCCACCUUCACGUCCACCGAAGCAGCCAUCCAGUCCAUGCUCGAGUGCCUCAAGAACAACCAGCUGGGCAAGGCGCUUCGGCAGAUCAGGGAAUGCAGAAGCCUGUGGCCCAACGACAUCUUUGGGAGCAGUUCUGACGAUGAGGUCCAGACGCUGCUGAACAUUUACUUCCGUCAUCAAACGCUGGGACAGACGGGUACUUACGCGCUGGUGGGGUCCAACCAGAGCCUGACGGAGAUCUGCACCAAGCUGAUGGAGCUGAACCUGGAGAUCCGGGACAUGAUCCGCAGGGCCCAGAGCUACCGCGUCCUCACCGCCUUCCUUCCCGACUCCAGCGCUUCCGGCACGAGUCUCUGACAGCAGCCGCCCGUCCCCCGAGGGGGCCAGGCUGGGGCUGCUGCCGUGCUGGGGCGACGUCAUUCAGCGUCUUCGCAGCCUUCCAAAGGCUGGGGCGGACUGUUCUCCCUCUUGUUACCUGUAGGACUUUUUCUAGAGAGGAUGGGGCAGAACGUCCCACGUGUAGCAAUACUUAAGAACCAAGGUCACACAGGACCUGCCGGGACAGACUCCAUCGGUCACGCCCGUGUGGCACACACGUGUCCUUGUUUUGCUAAACAGAUGCAACUCACUACUGCAGACGUGACUCUCGUCGCAUACCAAAGCCGACUACUUCCAACAGUACCUUCCUUUCUAGAAACAAUUUUAGAUUGGCAAAAGUGCAAUGUUUUCUUCACUAAAAAUAUUUUAUAUUCUCAAACUUGUACAUUCUUUCCCUUUUCUCUUUUUUUUUUUUUUUUUUUGGUGGGCUGAGGAAGGGGCAGGCAGAAUGAAGCUGGCCACUGAAAACUGUAAGACGGUCAAAAGCUGACAGCCUGUGUUUGUGAAAAGGGAAUUGUAAAUGGACAAUUUAAUGUACACUGAAAUUUGAAGACAAUUACUGUAUCUAAAAGGAGCUGCUAUGAAGUACUUUUCUUACGUUGCUAGGCUACUGUUUCUGCAAGCCCUGGAUCUCUUUGCAGGGGUCUGUGAUCAGGACCCUUGUACCAAAAACGGUCUGGAUAGACCUUUUUUUAAGGAUCUUGGCUGCUUUUUACUAGAAGGUUGCUUUUAUGAGCGUAUUUAUACUACCGAAGGAUGAGUGUUAAUUUUAACCAACUUUGCCAUUUUGUAGCAAAAAGUUAAAGACCUUCACAUUAUAAAUUCCAAAUCUUUCCACCUGUUACGCAUGCAUAUUUAAUAUCCAUUUGGAUAGCCAGAAAUAGAAUCAUGAAGGUAAAAUAUGAGUUGUCACUUUGUUUCUUAAGAACUGUCAUUUUAUUUGUAAUAUAUAUGUAAAGGGCCAUUCUUAAGUUUUCUCCUUAAACUUACUGCUGUCACGUGUUAGCUGCGUGCAUGUAUAAACCUGUUCCACAUCAGAAACAUAGUCAAAGUUUUAUCUAUGUAACUUAUUCACUCUGUAAAUACAUUCAAAGUUUUUGUGAUGUAAUCUCGGUUGAUAUUCUGUUUAGACCGUCCUUUAGACUAAAAAAAAAAAAAAAAAAAAAAAA